UUCGAUGCACUGAAUAUCAUCACUUCGUGUCCAAAUCACGUUCAGACACGCACACACCGCGUAGCAACAACAAUGGCGAAUCCAGAUAGCAGUAGCAGAAGCUCACGCUGGUCGCUCAAGGGAACCACUGCUCUUGUCACUGGCGGGACUCGAGGAAUCGGACACGCAGUGGUGGAGGAGCUGGCGGAGUUUGGUGCCAGCGUGUACACUUGUUCCAGGAACCAGGAGGAGCUGAAUGCGUGCUUAAAACAGUGGAAAGAGAAGGGUUUUUCAGUUUAUGGGUCGGUUUGUGAUGCGUCUUCUCGAACUCAGAGAGAGAAGCUUAUUGAACAAGUGGCUUCUACAUUCAACGGCAAGCUCAACAUACUUGUAAACAAUGUUGGAACAAAUACCAGAAAGCCAACAAUUGAGUACACUGUGGAAGAAUACUCAAAAAUAAUGACUACUAACUUGGACUCUGCAUACCAUCUAUGCCAACUUGCAUAUUCUCUUCUCAAAGCAUCUGGAAAUGGGAACAUUGUGUUCAUUUCCUCCGUUGCAUCUACGACAAACGUAGGUUCUGGAUCCUUAUAUGCAGCGAGUAAAGCGGCAAUUAAUCAGCUUACCAAAAAUCUUGCUUGUGAAUGGGCAAAAGACAGUAUAAGGACAAACUGUGUUGCACCCUGGUAUACAAAAACAUCACUUGUGGAACAUUUGCUGGAGAACAAAGGCUUUGUAAAUGAAGUAAUAUCUCGAACGCCGAUAAAUCGGAUAGCAGAAGCACAUGAAGUAUCAUCCUUGGUGACUUUCCUUUGCCUGCCUGCUGCUUCCUAUAUCACUGGACAAAUUAUUGCUGUUGAUGGAGGUUUUACUGCCAAUGGAUUUGAGCCUAGCAUGAGAAUAACUUAACCCAAAGUUUUAUGUUGCAAUGAAGUUUAACCUAAGAUCUUUUGCAUUUUAUUUAAAUCAUUGCCACAUGACAAGAUUACUGUUAGUAGCCUAAACAAGAAUUAUGUGGUUGAAUUUUCUUAA